GCCGGCCGGAGAGAUGGCUGACACCGACAGCGAGAGCAGCAACAGCUCCGGGCCUGUGAGCGGGGCGAGAGCCUCAAGAGGAGUGGAACCAUCAAUAAUUCCAAUCAGACGAUGUUUGAAAGCAGACCGGUUGAGUUAGUUGAAUACUGGUUCUUUCAAACCUACUUGGGAACUGUCAAAGUGCUUCAGGUGGAUGGAAGUAGACUUUCUCCAAAUAAGAAAGUGACAGAUGAUGUGGACAGUAGUCCUGUGAGGAGAGAUCACAUUCCUAAAGAUAAAGUUGACUUUGGCAAAGCAGACGCAAAAACCAGUGACUCUGAAGGUGAUGUGGGGGCAGGUGGUGAUUCACCAGUCGGUAGCAGGACACGAUCUCGGGCUUCAUCAGAUCACGUUCUUCUGCGAGCACAGCCUAGUCUAACCCGAAGACCUCUUCGUUCAACCAAAGUAUUGUCUCGCAGUAAACCUUCACCUAGGAAAAGAGAAGGGGGCAGAAGACCUGCUGAAAAAGACACCUCAGAUGCCUCAAAGAAGAAAAUGGCUGUGAUUAUGGUGCUUGUAGUCGUGGUUUGUUUAACAACGUUCCUCCUUGUGAGGAGCAAAUCACCGGCUAUGACUAUGGGGGAAGCGACGGCACUGACAGUAUUUUUACACCGAUUUGAUCAGGUUGAAGCCCUCUUUAAUGGUCAGCAGUCAGUGCUGUGGAGGAGAAGUAAAAUUACCCUGCGCAACCACAUCAAUCUGACCCAGCACAUGAAACCUGCCAUCCUGAUGUUGGCGGCUGCAUGGGAUGGACAGCAGACCAUGAGGUGCCUCGCUAACCAGAUUGCUGGAGCUUACACCUCAGCCCUCAAUGCCACUUCCACAGUGAAAAUUGACGCUUCGGAUAGAAGCAGGCAGAACAGUGAUGCUGUGAAGCUAGAGGUGGACACAUUGCUCUCAUCUGCAUUUGACAAAGGCAGCAGAGCAGCGGUGGUUCACCAUUUCCAAGACCUGCCCCCACCCUCCACCCUGAUAUUCUACAAGUAUUGUGACCACGAGAACGCGGCUUACAAAGAUGUCGCCCUGCUUAUCACUGUCCUGCUGGACGAGGAGAAGUUGCCAGCGGAUGUUAGCUUGGGAGCACUGGAAGUGAAAGUCCGUGAUUUUUUGAAGCAGAAGUUUGCUGCCUCUCGAGGAAGAGAGGGAAUGGAUACAGACAAGCUGAGUGGACUGUGGAGUCGCAUUGCGCACGUCGUGCUCCCGGUGGUGCCAGUGCGUGAGAUCGAAGAGAGGGGCUGCAAAGAAGACAGGCAGUGAUCUGGGGAAGGGGUGAAGUUCAGCCACUUGCACUAAUUCACUCUGUCUUCCCUGCAUCCCCCACACCAUUAUACUUAACUGUCCCAAGUGUGUUUUUCCAGCCUCCUUGAAUAAUAAUUAACAGGUGAAUGAUACCCUGAUUUAAGGUAUGAUCUUUCACCCACCGAGAAGGACAAAUCUUUUAUUUGUCAAUCGACCUCUUUUGUGGAAUUUUGCAAAAUCUAACGUACCAGCAAAAUAUUUUUAAAAUGUAAAGUGAAAUUUUAUUAAAAUGUAGAUGCCUGGAUAGCUUGG